AUGAGAGUGUAUCAGGAAGCUGUUGCUGGUGGCACAACAUCAUCAGAUCUAUUAGGCAUUUUGUUGGAAUCAAACCUUAAUGAAAUCGAAAGUGGAAACAAUAAGGGAUUGAGUGGCGAUGAUGUAAUAGAAGAGUGCAAGCUGUUCUAUCUUGCAGGCCAAGAAUCAUCCACAAACUUCAUUGCAUGGACCUUAAUAUUAUUGGGUAAACACUUGGAGUGGCAACAACGAGUUAGGGAUGAAGUAAUUCAAGUCUUUGGAUCCGCUACCAUUCAACCUUAUGACUUCCACAAGUUGAAUCAACUCAAAAUCAUGAACAUGAUAUUUCACGAAGUUUUGAGGUUGUAUCCACCACUCUCGGUCCUCUACCGCGUGACGAAUGCAGAUUCAAAAUUAGGCAAUAUCACGUUACCAGCAGGAGUGGAUGUGAUAGUGCCAUUGCUUUCAUUACAUGUCGACAAAGAUUUGUGGGGUGAUAAUGCAUUAGAGUUUAACCCUGAGAGGUUCAAAAAUGGGAUUGUAAAUGCUUCCAAGAUUCCAGGAGUUUAUUAUCCAUUUGGUGGUGGGCCACGAGUAUGCAUCGGCCAAAAUUUUGCAUUGGUUGAAGGCAAGGUCACCUUGGCGGCAAUCUUACAACGCUUUAGCUUUGAGCUUGCUUCAUCUUAUAAACACUCUCCUCAAUGGAAUAUACUCAUUCAUCCUCACCAUGUCAAUUUGGUAUUACACAAGUUAUAAAUUCUUAGAGUGUCAACACUAUUACAAAGUAUGUUGAUAUUUAUUUAUUUAUUGUAUCAUUUUAAAACUAAAUAGGAUUCAAAUAAAUAUAAUA